AGAAGAUCAUAAGAAAUGCAGAGCGAAUUGGUGCCAGUUAGCUUGUCAGAGACAGAGAAUAGACCUUCCAUUUUAUCAGAUAAAACCAUUGACUGUGCAUCUACAACUAAAGAAGGCUCUACAAGCUGUUUUUCUGGAGAUGAAGAGAGCAGCUUAAACAACUCUAAACUGUUUCCAUCAAAAAAAGAGAUGACUUCACUUUCAUUUCCUGAAGGUGAUCAAAUUGAAGCAAAAAAGGGUUACUUACCAGAUCAUAGUGGAGUUGGGAAUUCUUGUACAAAAGCAGACACAUAUGAAGAAACAUCUCAGAGAAUAGCUCAUUUUCCUAGUGGAGAUUUUGCAGAGCAAGUAACAAAGACAAAUGAUACAGAACAAACUCUAACAGAAUUAUUGCAAGAAUUAAGUUCACCUAAGCUUACAGAAACAUCCAGUGAAAAGACUUAUUCAGAAAGUCUGUAUGAUACAGAUUGCACAAAGAAACUUAUUUCAAGAAUACAAAAUGUUUCAGCACAAGAAGAUUUGUUGGAAGAAAUUGAAUCUGAGCUCUUAUCUGCAGAACUUUCAAAUGAACAUAGAGUACCCAAUGGUAUGAAAAAAGGUGAACGUGCUUUAGUUAUGUUUGAAAAAUGCGUACAAGAUAAAUAUCUGCAGCAGGAGCAUACUAUAAAAAAGUUAAUUAAAGAAAACAAGAAGCAUCAGGAACUUAUUUUAGAAAUUUGUUCAGAGAAAGACAACCUAAGAGAAGAACUUAAAAAACGAACAGAAACAGAGAGACAACAUAUAAACAUAAUUAAACAGUUAGAAGCAAGAAUAGAGGAACUCAAUAAAGACAUUAACAUUUCCAAAGAAAAACUUGUAACUCAAGAUACUGCAGCCAAAAAUGCAAUUCAGCAAUUACAUAAAGAGAUGGCUUUUCGAAUGGAGCAGGCAAACAAGAAAUGUGAAGAGGCUCGCCAAGAAAAAGAAACAAUGGUGAUGAAGUAUGUCCGAGGUGAAAAGGAAUCUUUAGAUCUUAGAAAGGAAAAGGAGGGACUUGAGAGAAAACUCAGAGAUGCAAAUAAAGAAAUUGAGAAACAUGUUAACAAAGUUAAACAACUUUCUCAAGAAAAAGGAAGACUACACCAGCUUUAUGAAACAAAGGAAAGUGAUGCCACUAGAAUGAGCAGAGAAAUUGACAAAAUGAAGGAAGAUAUCAACUCUCAUGUCAUCAAAGUAAAAUGGGCUCAAAACAAAUUAAAAACCGAAAUGGAUUCGCACAAGGAAACCAAAGACAAACUCAAAGAAACAACAAUAAAAUUAACUCAGGCCAAAGAAGAGGCAGAUCAAAUAAGGAAAAAUUGUCAAGAAAUGAUAAAAACAUAUCAAGAGUCAGAAGAAAUUAAAUCAAAUGAGCUAGAUGCAAAACUCAAAGUCACAAAAGGAGAACUAGAAAAACAAAUGCAGGAAAAAUCUGAUCAGCUAGAGAUGCAUCAUGCCAAAAUAAAAGAACUAGAAGAUUUGAAGAGGACAUUUAAGGAGGGUAUGGAUGAACUACGAACACUAAGGACAAAGGUGAAGUGUCUAGAAGAUGAACGGUUAAGAACAGAAGAUGAAUUAUCCAAAUAUAAAGAGAUUAUUAACCGCCAAAAAGCUGAAAUUCAAAAUUUGUUGGACAGAGUUAAAAUUGUAGAGCAGUUACAAGAUGAACUUCAAAGAGGGAAACAAGAAAUUGAAAACUUGUCUGAAGAAGUGGGAAGUCUGAAUUCUUUGAUUAAUGACCUACAAAAAGACAUUGAAGGCAGUAGAAAAAGAGAAUCUGAGUUGUUGCUAUUUACAGAAAAAUUAACUAGUAAGAAUGCCCAACUUCAAUCUGAAUCUAAUGCUUUACAGUCACAAUUUGAUAAACUCUCCUGUAGUGAAAGUCAAUUACAGAGUCAUUGUGAACACAUGAGGCAGACUAAUUCUGAUUUGGAAAGUAGGUUGUUAAAAGAAGAAGAACUUCGAAAGAAUGAAAGCCAAGCUUUGCAAGCAGAACUGACUUCUAGACAAAAAGAGUUAAAAGCAUUAAAUACACAAGUAGAAGAACUAAAAGAUGAACUAGUUACCCAAAGACGUAAACAUGCUUCAAAUCUCAAGGAUCUCACCAAGCAACUUCAGCAAGCACGAAGAAAAUUGGAUCAGAUUGAGAAUGGUAACUAUGAUAAAGAAGUCAGUAGCAUGGGAAGUCGUUCUAGUUCAUCAGGGUCCCUGAAUGCUCGAAGCAGUACAGAAGAUCGAUCACCAGAAAAUAUGGGCUCUUCUGUGGCUGUGGAUAACUUUCCAGAAGUGGACAAGACUAUGCUGAUUGAGAGGAUAGUAAGGCUGCAGAAAGCUCAUGCCCGGAAAAAUGAAAAGAUUGAAUUUAUGGAAGAUCAUAUAAAGCAAUUGGUAGAAGAAAUUAGGAAAAAAACCAAAAUAAUUCAGAGUUAUAUCUUACGAGAAGAAGCAGGCACACUGUCAUCGGAAGCAUCUGAUUUUAACAAGGUCCAUUUGAGUAGACGAGGAGGCAUCAUGGCAUCCUUAUAUACUUCCCAUCCAGCUGACAGCGGGCUGACAUUAGAACUCUCUUUGGAGAUCAAUCGAAAAUUGCAAGCUGUUUUGGAGGAUACAUUACUAAAAAAUAUUACUUUGAAGGAAAAUCUACAAACACUAGGAACAGAAAUAGAACGUCUUAUUAAACACCAGCAUGAACUAGAACAAAGGAUGAAGCAAACAUAACAGAAAAUUCUUGCACAGUGAACAGACAAAAGCUGCAGAAGGAACAGGUGCUACAGACAUCGGUGGCGUUUUGAAGUUUUUCU